AUGUCCGAUACAAAAAGUCGUCUUCCUCUAAUGGGAAAUGCCUGUAAUGAGAGUGCUAGCCAAGAGUCUACUAACAUUUCACCAUUUGACAAGACCACACGUUACACCCAGUCUUGUCAUAUUCCUGAGUUCCAUUAUUACUGGAUAAACAAGGACGGGAAGAAAGUUGUGGGAGGACCGCAUUACACUUUAUUCAAGGUGUUUAAAGAAGUGACCGGAAUCAGUUUCGAAUGUUUAACCCCUGAACCAUACAUCUUUGGUGCUGAGAAAAAUGGAACAUACAACGGCGAGAUUGGUCUUCUUCAAAAUGGGUCUGCCGAUAUAUCAGCAAACAAGUUUUUUAUCACGUACGAAAUAUUUGAAUUUGCUGAUUUUACAUUGCCGGUUGUAGAGUUCUCAUGGUGCAUUUCCAUUCGUAAAUCUGGAGAAAUUCCGUUUUCGAAAGUGCUUUUGUUGCCUUAUAAGAAGAAGGUGCUGCAAGUUACAUUGACCGGCGCAUGUAGGCAGUGUCCUUGUAUCUUUCACCAAAGAUGUUUGUUUGGUGCAUUACUAUUGUUCAUCUUGGUGCUUAGCAACGGCUAUCAAGGUCAUUUACUUGGUUUCUUAACGACACCUCCACUAAUGGAAGAUCUUCAAACUCUUCAAGAAGCUUCUGAGAAUUUAAGACACAUCUUUGCCAAAGGUUUAUUUGAAAGUGUGUUUGGAGGCAACGGUGCAUCGAAUCCUACACUCAGAAACCUUCAGAAGAAGAUUAAAAUAAUAAAAGUAAUGGAGGUACGCAAGGUACUCGACUCAAUUGUACAUGGGGCUGCUGAUGGUAUUCUACUUAGUCGCGAAUUGUAUUACCUCUACUCGCACAGCCCGCACUUCACUCGGAAUGGCCAGCCAGUGCUUCGAUUGGUGGACGAAUGUCUAAUUUCGCCAGGUUUUUCGUCGUUUGUGGUUCGCAAAGACUCUCCGUUGAAAAACAUAUUUAUGCCCUUCGUGAUGUACGUCGUGCAGGGGGGUUUAUACGAUCAUUGGAUUUUGGCAUACCGACACCUGAUGGUUGCGAACGGAGUGUUGGUGUCGGAGGCGGCGUCGGACCGCGUGAAAUAUCCCUUUUCGCUGACCCUUCAUCACGUGGAAGGAGCUUUCGUCUUGAUGACGGCAGGAAUGAUUCUGAGCUUCCUGACUAUAAUCAACACCAUGCGGGAAAUACUACAUGUUCAAGCAGGGCAGUGCGGAAAUCAAAUCGGAGCGAAGUUCUGGGAGGUGAUUUCCGACGAACAUGGAAUCGACCCAGCUGGCUGCUACCACGGUGACUCGGAUCUACAGUUGGAGAGAGUAAACGUCUAUUUCAACGAAGCUGUUGGCGGUAAAUACGUGCCACGCGCAGUCCUGGUGGAUCUGGAACCAGGAACAUUGGACUCGGUGCGAUCGGGACCUUUUGGACAAAUCUUCCGUCCCGACAACUUCAUAUUCGGGCAGUGUGGAGCCGGUAACAACUGGGCCAAGGGCCAUUACACCGAGGGAGCAGAACUUGUUGAUUCCAUUCUCGAUGUCGUUAGGAAGGAAGCAGAAGCGUGUGACUGUUUGCAGGGAUUUCAAUUCGCGCACUCUUUAGGAGGUGGCACGGGAUCAGGACUGGGCACUCUCAUAAUAGCGAAAGUGAGAGAGGAAUAUCCGGACAGAAUGAUGCUUACAUUCAGUGUUUUACCAUCACCUAAGGUAUCUGAUACGGUGGUGGAGCCGUAUAAUGCUACGUUGGCUAUCCACCAACUUGUCGAAAACACCGACGAAUCUUUUUUCUUCGACAAUGAAGCACUUUACGAUAUUUGCUUUCGCACUCUGAAACUAACAACACCCACCUACGGCGAUCUAAAUCAUCUAGUAUCUGCCGUAAUGUCAGGAAUAACAACGUGUUUGAGGUUUCCUGGCCAAUUAAAUGCUGAUCUGCGAAAACUAGCUGUAAACAUGGUUCCCUUUCCUCGCCUGCACUUUUUUAUGACAGGAUUUGCGCCUCUAACGUCUCGUGGAUCUCAGCAAUAUCGAGCUCUCACCGUUCCGGAGUUAACCCAACAGAUAUUUGAUGCGAAGAACAUGAUGGCGGCGUGUGAUCCUCGCCAUGGCCGAUACCUGACAGUGGCCGUUAUGUUCCGAGGACGAAUGUCCAUGAAAGAAGUCGACGAGCAGAUGUUGAACGUGCAGAACAAGAACAGCAGUUACUUCGUGGAAUGGAUCCCGAACAACGUGAAAACAGCUGUCUGCGACGUUCCCCCUCGUGGACUCAAAAUGUCCGCCACAUUCCUUGGUAAUACAACUGCCAUCCAAGAACUGUUCAAGCGCGUUUCUGAACAGUUUACCGCCAUGUUCCGACGCAAGGCGUUUCUGCACUGGUACACGGGUGAAGGCAUGGACGAAAUGGAGUUCACCGAGGCAGAAUCCAACUUGAACGACCUUGCUGGCCAGUGCGGAAACCAGAUCGGAGCCAAGUUCUGGGAGGUUAUUUCUGACGAACAUGGCAUUGACCCCACUGGAUGCUAUCACGGGGAUUCGGACUUGCAACUUGAGAGAAUCAACGUUUAUUUCAACGAAGCGACUGGAGGCAAGUAUGUGCCUCGAGCAGUACUUAUUGACUUGGAGCCAGCUACUAUGGAUUCAGUAAGAUCCGGGCCUUUCGGGCAAAUCUUCCGUCCCGACAAUUUCAUUUUUGGACAAAGCGGCGCCGGAAAUAACUGGGCCAAAGGUCAUUACACCGAGGGAGCAGAACUCGUCGAUUCCGUUCUCGACGUAGUGAGAAAGGAAGCAGAAGGCUGCGAUUGUCUGCAGGGAUUCCAGUUCACUCAUUCUUUGGGUGGAGGUACUGGUUCUGGAAUGGGAACGCUAGUCAUAUCCAAAGUGAGAGAAGAAUACCCGGAUAGGAUGAUGCUUACAUUCAGUGUUGUUCCGUCACCAAAGGUGUCAGAUACUGUGGUGGAGCCGUACAACGCGACAUUAGCUAUCCAUCAACUAGUAGAAAACACCGACGAAUCUUUCUUCAUAGAUAAUGAAGCGUUGUACGAUAUCUGCUUUCGCACGCUGAAGCUGACUACGCCAACAUACGGCGAUUUAAAUCAUCUGGUGUCCGCUGUAAUGUCAGGAGUAACCACAUGUUUGAGGUUUCCUGGUCAACUGAACGCCGACCUCCGUAAACUGGCUGUAAACAUGGUACCGUUCCCACGUUUGCAUUUCUUUAUGCCAGGAUUUGCUCCGCUUACAUCUCGCGGUUCCCAGCAAUAUCGAGCUCUCACCGUUCCGGAGUUAACCCAACAGAUAUUCGAUGCGAAGAACAUGAUGGCGGCCUGUGAUCCUCGGCAUGGCCGAUACCUGACAGUGGCCGUCUUGUUUAGGGGAAGGAUGUCAAUGAAAGAGGUUGACGAACAGAUGUUGAACGUGCAGAACAAGAACAGCAGUUACUUUGUCGAGUGGAUUCCAAACAAUGUGAAGAUUGCUGUAUGUGAUAUUCCUCCUCGUGGACUCAAAAUGUCAGCCACGUUCAUUGGUAAUACAACUGCCAUCCAAGAACUGUUCAAGCGCGUUUCUGAACAGUUUACCGCCAUGUUCCGACGCAAGGCGUUUCUGCACUGGUACACGGGUGAAGGCAUGGACGAAAUGGAGUUCACCGAGGCAGAAUCCAACUUGAACGACCUUGUGUCCGAGUAUCAACAGUACCAAGAUGCAACAGCUGAGGAAGAAGGAGAGUUUGAUGAGGAGGAAGAAGGCGAGGAAGUUGUAAGAAUUUUUACUAUUUAA